AAUAUCGAUAGUUCAAUAAGAAUGCAUAAUGUUAGCCAUGCUGUAUAUAAACUAAUAUUGACUCUGAACUGUUAUUAAUUUUGCAUUACUGAACCGAUGAAUUGAUUUGGUUUAAUGGUUACCACCUUACUGUGUCUUUAACCACUUGCCGUCAUUCUUAGAACAGUUUGUAACCAGUUUUGCACGAGUGCGAUGGCAAGCUCAGUUUUGACCGAAAUACGCCAGGAGAUACGGUGCUUGUCUGACGCACGCUCUACGGUCGACCAGAAAACUUCAAUAUCUGCAAUUCUGGUCCGACUUGAAUUGUUCAUUUCGGAAAAUCCUUACUUCUACGAAAACGAAGCCAACACUACAGACGUGUUGAAAUUACUGGAGGACGAAUUGAAAGGGAACUGCAAUCUGAAGACAAUUUUGCGGACUGCAGUCGAGUUUGAACACGUGGAGAGUUUGCUCAAAAGUGAGAGUGUGAAGGUCAAUGUGUUCACGCUUUCUAUCCUGGCCACAACAUGCUCAUAUGACCAGCAGGACUGGCAAGUAGUGGAUGAUAAACCUGAUGUCGCCUCUCUUGAGCUGUUCCGGAAAGUGUUACCUUAUGUAGAUUUUAUUUUGAAGCGCCUCUCUUCUGUCAAAAACGACCCCGAAACAAUUCUUUCGUUUUGGCGCUCGCUGGCCAUUUUCGCUGAAAAGGACGAAAACAAAGAGCUACUUGUAAGACAAUCGAAAGUGCUCGAGUAUAUUCCGAGAUUCCUGAGACUUGAAUAUGGCAGUGAAAUUCGAUCGACAAUUCUGGAACUUCUUUGGGGUUUGGGCUUCCUGGAAAAAAACAGAGAUCUGAUUAGAAAAAACUCUGAAAUUGCUAUUAAGUUACUCGAUUUGGAAGGAGGCAACGACCAAAAAAUAUCAACAUUAGCUAAAAAUGUUACCUGGCAGCUCGAUUCAAACAAAAGCCAGAGUGAUUCUACAUUGGGUGGUGGGGGUGGAAAAAGAAGAAAGAAAUCCAACUGGUUGUUGAUCUAUUUUGGGUCAAUCUCAGUUUUGGUCAUGUCAGUUGUGCUCUUCUUGCUCUUCUCUGCCAGCAGUUUUACAUCAUCUGAAAAAAAUGUCACGUACAACGAGAGAGUGUCAUUAAUUUCGACACCACCACAGCAGCAGCAAAAAAUCAAAAGGGACAAUAAAGAGAAGAUAACUACUGCCAAAUUCUCUGACGCGGUCGUAAAACCAAAAAUUGGACACAAGCUCCCAGGUUUAGUCAAGGAAGCUCUUGUCGAUGCUCUUGGAUUAAAGAAUCCGAAGCAAAAUUUGGCUGACUAUCAGAACCAGGGGGAGCAAGAAGCUCAAUCCACAUUUGCUACCGAUAUCCACAAGUGGUUCUUUUUCUGCCUGGUCUCUCUUCUGCUGCACGCAUUCAUAGGCGUCGCUUUCAAGGUCAUCGGAAGCAGAAGAAGACGCAAUCUGCAGCAGAGGUCCACUCAAGUUCAAGGCCAAAAUCAGGCGCAAAGUCAGGCGAAUGACGACAAAGACAGCAGUCAACAUGUCAUGAUAAGCUACUGUUGGGCGCAGCAGCCGGUGGCUCUGAAGUUGCGAGACCGACUGAGAGAGAUGGGUGUUGCGGUGUGGCUGGACGUGGAGAGGAUGGAGGGGUCGCUUCUGCAGAGGAUGGCGGAGGCGGUCGAGAACUCCUACGCUGUCAUCGUCUGCGUCAGUCAUGAGUACAGCAAAAGUCAGGCUUGCAGGUCCGAGGCGGAAUACAGCUACACGCGUAAGAAGACAGUGGUUCCGGUGAUUGUACAGCAGGGCCCCUUGCCCCCCUCAGGCUGGCUGCCCCUCCUCAUAGCCGGAAAGCUUUACUACAACGUAUACGACGACAACAAACUCAGAGAGGAGUUUCCAAGACUCCAUUCUUACAUUCAGAAAUUGCAGACCGGCAAAAUGCACUCCCAAUAAUUACAUAGAGUGCUCUGACAACCUACUCAAAUAUCUUUUGCUCA